UGUAAUGCCAGUCAUUCUAGUCAUAGUUUUUUUGAACCUCUUAAAUAUUAAUGAUGAUCUUUGCUCUCCAGGGUACUUUCAGCACAAAUUUCAUGUCAGAAGAAGAGAGAAAGAUACGAGAUGAACUCGAGAAUGACGUAGAAAGAGAUUUGGAAGAAGAGAUCAAACAUGGCAUAUGCCGACUUGCUUUCCGCUUGCAUAGGUUAUAUCAGCAUAAGAACGACAGGAACCGACCAAGAUCAUCGAUGAACAACACCAGACCACAAUCAGACCCCAAAAAUGAAGUGCAUAUGGAGGUGAAUAUAAGCAUAAAAAUGGACGGAGGAUGCAAGAUCGAAAUAUGUGAAAACAAACCAAAUACUAUGCAUACGGUGAGAUCCAACAGUUGUCCAUCCAAACCUAAGGAAGGAAGGACACAAUGUAGCACCAAGCAGUUUGAUUGGUCGAGGACUCUUCGUUCAGGAAUGAGCUCGGUCAUGGCCAUUGGUAAGAAUCAUGGCAAUCUAUAUGUGAGGAACCAUAACAAGCCAUUUAAAUUGGUAUGGAAAUAUUAA